AGUUUUAGAUGUAUUUAUAUGGGUAGGUUUCAAUGCUAACCAAUGGAGUUUUACUACAUAUUCAAUGUGGCGCGCGGACAUCGAUUUCAUGUCGAGGUUUUGCCGCAAUGGAAAGUACGCCAAUUACAAGAAAAUAUAGCUCAUUUAACGGGAAUACGUGUCGAUGAUCAGGUUCUUUUGAAAGGAUGCGGAGAAAUUUUGGAUAGCGAAAGUCUAAUCCAGUGCAGCCCUAGCGAAAACAAUGCAGAUUCACCUGUAUAUCUUUUUCAACGAAGUAGUCGUUCGGAGAGAGAGGAUAGUCGACACUGGGAUCAAGAAAUCAACGAAAUCACGAGUAUUAUAGAUGUUUCUAUCGAGAAUGCUUGUAGCUCUGAGCGGGAUCCUGAUCUUCAUCGUGCUUAUCUUAAUAUUCCUUUACGAGCCAGAGAGUGCCGAAAUGCAUCGCAGAGCGCAAUUCAUGCCUGUGCUCGUUUUGUUGAAGAACAUCGUUUGAUUCAUCAGGGAUGGAUGGCUCUUGUGAAUAACAUGGACGACUCUGUUGUGCGUCUAAAGAGGAGGGCAGCUCGUUUUCAGCAUCAAGUAGAUAAAGUUCGGCAACAGAGAGAGAAAGCUAAUGAACUUUUGCAAGGAUUUGAUGCUGUUACAGAUCAGCUCAAACGUAUUCGUCUUCCUGGUGCGCUCCUGGCUUAUUCGCGUGGCUCUCAACCGGAUAGGUCAUCGCAGUCCGAUCUUUCUUUGUAUGCAUGGAUCUCUGCCUCAGAUCCUCAACACUCCCUCCAAGAUCUUGUACAGCAAGUGAAGGAGCAAAUAAAUAAUUUUGGGCAGUCUGAUGCUAUGUCCACUGUUCAAAGUAUAGAGAAAGUGGUGGAGCUGUCGAAAGACGUGAACUGCCGUGAAAUCAAGGGUUUCAACAAGAGAAUAAGCUUCUUGGAUCACUACCUACGGCAAGCCGAAGUGCGGGACGAAGCAAUUAACUCUCAUAUGUUGAGAAUUGUAGAAACUCCUAGUCGUAUCGAUCAGGCAUCGAUGGAGGAACUUAUCUCCGAACAUCGCUACAUCUUGAGCCAGAUCUAUGCGGAACUGAGAGAACUCAAGAAUAUAUGUAAUAGGUUUUUCCAAUCGAAAGUGGAGGUUCUCGGAAUUCUGAGAGUACGUCUCAACUCAUGGAUUGUGCGUGUAUAUGAUCGCUUGUUCCAUGCACAUAAUGAGGUAUUGGUGUUCGAGGAGAAGUUUACCGGUUUGAAACAACGGCUGGACUUAGUCAGGCAAAUUAAGGAGGCCCCUAUGAUGUAUGCCACCGCCGUAAGCGAAGUUGUUCGUCGUCGAACCUUCCAGAAAGAGUUUGCGCUUUGGCACUCAUUGCAUGUUGAGAAGUGUUCUGCUCUCUCGGAUGAGGAAUCGCAAAUCCGCGCUCAGUUUUCUACCAAAAUGGAGAAGCAUUUCCUUCGAGUACUUUUUCAUGGAAUGUUUGACUCACUGCCUGUAUUCUAUGUAAAAUCACUGCCGAAGUUUGACGAAUCCCUUGGACCCAUUGAUGCCGAACAUCUUCGAGAAUUGCGCACUAGCGUUGAGGAUCUGCGGCAAUACUUAAAAGUCACAGCCCCACAAGUCUUCCUUCGUUUGAGCGUCAGGGAUCCUGCCAUGCCAUCUCCGGCGGUACAGCAUGGAGUGAUGCGUAGAGAAGAAAGUUUUUUCACUGCCGACUCGACAUUUUCGCUAUCUUCAUUGACUCGCAAUUUCCCUAGCACAAACUGGUUGAGUACUGAUGACAUGGAUUCAUCGCCCUCAACGGCGCCUACUUUGCUAAUGGCGAAGUCUCCCCUGUCGAGGGUCGGUUCAUCCUCUAGUCUGAACAUACCGGCAGCACCUUCUUUGAACCAGUUAUCUAUGCUAGGUGAGGAAGAAGAAUUACCGGGUCAGUCGUCGGCAUCGGUUGCGAAAAGUGCACCGAUUCAGAUUCCAACUCCGCAGCCGCGACAGAUGUCAGAGAAAUCCAGUCAGUUCAGCACUCCUGAUGAUCAUUUCCAUACCGCGGAUCCCAUCGAAGAAAGACAGUUUCCUGUUGAUGACUUGACGAGCCAUUCGCAGACUACUUAUGAGGCGCUGAAACCUGCUGCUGUACAAAUACUAUCAUUAUCGAAGGACAUGCUCGAUUUGCGUGCCGAAUUAUCAAAGAAUUACGAUUUCUUCCUGGAGAGUUUCAGCAAACUAGGUGAGUUGACGGGCACCACCCUCGCCGACAAGAUGAAAAGGGUAAAGGACCAUUAUGACGCUGAGCUCAGCAGGGUUACUUCAGAGCAGCAGACAUACAUCUCCGAGCUUCAACAUCGAAUCGACGACUAUAGCAAACUCGAAGCUCUCCAUCGUGAAGAAAAGGAAGCUUUAGCUCGAGACUUGGCUCUGCAACGUGACGAAGUGCAGCGGCUCACCGACGAGGCUGUGCAGCUCCAAGAGAAAGUAAGAAGUGAGACUUAUAAAGAAGGUAUCAUUGCCAUGGAAUUGGAGAAAAAUCGUCUGAGCACUGAAUAUGAAGAAAUUAUUGAGGGCAAAGAUGCUCAAAUUCGACAGCUACAGAAGGAACUGGAGAAGAAAACAGCUGAGGUUGUGCGACUACAAGCAGAUCCAGAUAGUGAGGCAUUCAGAAGAAGUGUCAUAGCAGAGAUUCGCAAUGAGCUUGAAAAGGAGUCCAAGGGCAAGCUCGAUCUGCUCACCAAAGGAAUAAAUCAGAAGAAGGAUGAAGAGUGCUCACGGCUGAGAAGGGAGAUGGAGUACGACAUGAGAGUUUUGGAGAUAGAGAAAAAUCGUUCUUUGAAGUGGUUAGCUUUUGAGCGGGACCGCCUUCGCGAACUCCUCAUCAGCAAAUCGUCUGAAGGCGAGUCAUUAUGUAAAAAUAUUGAAGAAGAAUUGAAAACUGCUAUGGUUGCGGAACAAGGAGAGUACAAAGCGAUCUACGGUAUGUCUACGGGGACUCAGACAGAUAUCUCCUACCCAGUGUCGGUUCUUUCUGCCGUAGAAGAAGCAGCUGCCGCCCAAUAUGCUGAUAUGAGGGAUAGUGUGUUUGCUGUCGAAAACGUUCCUAUGGCUGUGGAGGAGUCUGUUUUCGUGCCUGGUGAUGUGCAAGCUCCAGGCGAUGAGCGUAAAGAAGUCUGCAUUCAAACGAGAAUUGGACUCAGAGCUAUGGAUCGUAUGGUGGCAGUUGAAGAUAUUGUGGAAGGAUCUACUGUACUGGUUAUAUGGAAUGAUAGGCAUAAUGCUUACAUGCUGUUUAGCUCAUCUACAUAUAGUCACUUCGUCAAGGAAUCAUCAGUUCGCCGGCUUGGUCUUGCAACAGCUGUUCCCAAUGUGCCUCGCCGAAACUGGAUUCUUGGCAAAGUGUCCCAUCUUGAUCUUUGCAUCAUUCGCAAGGCAGAUAAUCGUUAUCGUCUUCCUGUUGACACGAGAGUCUAUCGCGUUGAUGUUGAACCCCUGGAGGGAAGAUUGCCGCGCUCUGAACGAAUGGCAACGUAACCAACAUGUAUCGUUAGAUUUCUGCGAUUUUCUCUGUUCUCUGAUUUUGUAGAAAUAUGUGUAGUUUUUGCGUAAGAAAAAGUUUUUUUAUUUGAUGAUUUGUGCUUGCUUGAGAAAGUUUCUUUAUGGAUCUAAUUAGUGCAGAGCAUUGGAAAUUAUUCAUUUUUGGUGCCGCAAUAUGCAUUUCCAUUCAUCUCUUUCAUAAGCGGUUUUUGCUACUGUCUUGGUCCUUGUAUCAUAGUAUAUCAAUUUUCUUAUAGGUGAACCUCGAUUAUGUAAUUUUACGGGUACAGCUAUUUUUUUUUCUUCUGUACAUGUCUGCCAAUCCUCUGGCAAAAUGUCGUUUCCAUAUUAUAACAGCAGUUUAUUGCUCCGGUGUAUCGUGCUAACUCCUCAAGAGGUUGGGAUUAAGAGUCUUCAAAAAUGCCUCGAACUUCAUGCCAAUGUUUGCUGUACAGUUGUAUCAAAUCAGUUGUGAUUUCUAUGAAUUCUUUUUUUUUUCUUUUUGAAUGUCCUCGUCGUUCACUUAAUUUCGAGUUCAUUCGAUUUGUCAGGAAUAAAAUUUGUUUGUGUGCU